AUAUCUUCGUUUCGUCAGUCCGUUGCCGCCUGUGGAACCAAAUCCACGUUUUCAUACCAACCCUCGAUAAGAAAGACAUAGACCUCGUGUGGCCCGGGAUGGCGGAUGAGAACAGCUCUGCGACCCUCAGCAAGAAGUAGGACUCGCUCCGUAUCCGUGUUCUAAGCAUCAGCCAUGCUCAUCCGAACAGCCUCUCUCCUGUUUUCACGGACGGCAGUGGCUGGGAGGGUGUGUCCGGGCUGGUUCCGUAUCGUCCCGCAGACAAACAGCGAGAUUCCACCUCUUGCUUGUUUUCACUCUGCUCCGUCGACCUUCUCUAAGAAACGUGAGCAGAAACGUCAGUUGAAGGCUUUGAAGAAGGCCCAGGAGAAGGCCGAGAAAGCAGAAAAGUGUGCCUUAGUGUCACAAUCGGAGAAGCAGAACAAACUUAUCAGCACUGAUGACGAUGAUAUUGACCCAAAUGAGUACUUCAGACUCCGUACAAAGGCUGUGGAACAGCUAAAGGUGAGUGGCAACGACCCCUAUCCACACAAGUUCCAUGUGUCGCUGUCACUGAGCUCGUUCAUCCAGAAAUAUUCCAACACAGAACCAGGCUCUGUAAUGGAAAAUGUUGAAGUCAGUGUCGCAGGAAGAAUCCACUCCAAGAGAGUGUCUGGUGCUAAACUCCUCUUCUAUGAUCUCCGUGGAGACGAUGUCAAAAUCCAAGUGAUGGCCAAUGCAAAGUAUUACUUGUCUGAAGAGGAAUUCCUGACAACAAAUGAAAAAGUGAAGAGAGGAGACAUGGUAGGAGUAAGAGGACACCCAGGUAAGACCAAGAAAGGUGAAUUGAGUAUCAUACCUAUAGAAAUGGUUCUCUUAUCUCCCUGCCUACAUCAAUUGCCUCAUCUGUAUUAUGGGGUGAAGAAUCAGGAAACUCGCUACAGACAGCGCUACCUGGAUUUAAUUAUCAACAAUGAGGUGAAGCAGAAGUUUGUGACAAGAACCAAAAUUAUUUCCUUCAUCAGAAACUUCCUGGACCAGAAUGGAUUUUUAGAGGUGGAGACACCAAUGAUGAGCAUGAUACCAGGUGGCGCCACAGCAAAGCCAUUUGUCACUCACCAUAAUGAUCUGAAGUUGGACCUGUUCAUGAGGGUCGCUCCAGAAUUGUACCUCAAGAUGCUGGUUGUUGGUGGGAUGGACCGAGUGUAUGAAAUGGGCCGUCAGUUCCGAAAUGAGGGCAUUGAUUUGACCCACAACCCAGAGUUCACAACGUGCGAAUUUUACAUGGCUUAUGCGGACUAUAAGGACUUGAUGAAGCUCACUGAAACAAUGUUGUCAAGUAUGGUGAAGGAGAUAACUGGUGACUACAAGAUCAAGUACCACCCGGAUGGACCGACUGGUGAGGUGUACGAGGUGGACUUCACCCCUCCCUUCCGUCGGAUAUCCAUGAUUGAGGAAUUGGAGAAAGUGUUGGCCGUGAAGUUCCCUGACCCAACAAAGUUUCACACCGCGGAAAGCCGACAAUUUUUUGAUGAUCUCUGUAAGAAGAAAAACGUGGAGUGUCCCACACCACGCACAACUGCAAGAUUACUUGAUAAGUUGGUUGGAGAAUUUCUGGAGGAAACGUGCCUCAACCCUACGUUUAUUAUCAACCAUCCGGAAAUAAUGAGUCCCCUAGCUAAAUGGCAUCGAUCAGUGAAGGGCCUAACGGAACGUUUUGAGCUGUUUGUUAUGAAGAAGGAGAUUUGUAAUGCCUACACUGAGUUGAAUGACCCCGUUGUACAGAGGGAGCGAUUCACGCAACAAGCACAGGACAAAGCUGCUGGUGAUGAUGAAGCCAUGUACGUAGACGAGAACUUCUGUACAGCCCUUGAGUAUGGGUUGCCUCCAACAGCCGGCUGGGGUAUGGGUAUCGACCGAGUAACCAUGUUUUUGACUGACUCCAACAACAUUAAGGAGGUGCUUCUAUUCCCUGCUAUGAAGCCUGAAGAUGGACUAUCCGGUACAGCACCCGCCAAAGAAUGAACUGCUCCGAGGUGGAAUACGGGCAGCCCAGCGCCACAAUCAUUUACUGACAGAAAUCUGUUGAUUUUCUUUCCUUAAGGGAUGUUUUAUUUAAUAGGGAGGGAUGAAUUUAGCUGGGGUUUAUUUUUAUUGGGGAGGGGUGAAUUUAGCUGGAUUUUUUUUUUAUUG